ACAACUAUAUAUUAUAAAAUUAAAAAAUAUGUUAUCGUGAUUAGAAAAUGUUUAAGUAUGAUGUGCACUGCUGGACUUGUCUGGGGGCAUCUCUUUCACAAAACUCAAACCACAUUGGCUAAGGGGACUGGAUUUGUUUGGCAUGCUUCCUCCCUAGUCCCCCCCCUACAUACCUGUUUCACCUUUUUUUUUCUAUCAAACUCCAAAAAUACAACAACAUUUGCUUUGAUUUCUGUGUGAUAAAUGAGAAUCUUAAAUUCUUCCUCAUCAGUCCUAAUAAUGCUAUUUUAUUCUUUCCUCUUUUAAUUUUUUAUAUAUAUUUCCUUGGGGGUGCUCACUUUGGCAGUAUAUACUAGAGGCAAAAUUAAAAGUGGGAUGUUAAUAAACUCCCUCAAACAAAAAAAGCCUAAAAGUCUCCAAGUUUGGUUUGUAAACUCCUCAAAGUUCUUCUAUUCGAUCAAUAAAGUACAACGUUACAGGUACUAAUAUACAUUCCCAAUUCCGGAGAUAUAUUGAGUCAAACAUCGUUUUAUUUCUUCGGUUUUAAAAAUGGAGAAGCUUAUCAAUCCAUACGAUAAGGAAUACAUGAAGAUGGCGAUGUUAAAGCAUGAAGAGAUAUUCAGAGAACAGGUGUAUGAACUUCAUCGUCUAUAUCAAACACAGAAAUUACUGAUGAAAAAUAUGUCAAAUAGUACUAAUCGGCCUCAACAAGAUCAUCAUCAUCAAGUAGUGGUCAACCAUUUAGAUUCAAACAAAAAGAUCACUGGUCGUCAAUGUAUUGACUUGGAAAUAAAGCCAAAUACAGAUGAAGAACACAUUGCAGAAUCAGAUGAAUUGGAAUUAACUUUAGGGCUAUCAAGUUACAACGUUCGUCGAAGGAGAAAAACAGCUCAUUUUGAUUCUUCUUCACCAAGUUUUUCUUCAUCUAAUUCAACAGGAUCUGCUUCUAGCCAAAUAAAGCAUAUUACAACAAAUUUAGUGAGGAAUAUUGAAGGUAGUAAAUGGGGACUUGACGAGAAAUUACCCGUUUCGAAUAAUUUCCAGAUUGGUGGAAGAACGUCACAAAGUAAUCAAAAUGUUGAUCAAGAGCAAUAUAGAUCACAAGAUUCGUUGAAUAAUCCUCCUUGGCUUUUUCAAGUUUUGAGUUUGAAUAUGACGUGAAAAAAAUGUAUUAUUAAAUUAUGAUGCUGAUGAUUAAUUAAUUAUAUUAGUCGAUCGGAUGUGAUAAGAUUUUAGACUUUCAUCCUACCGAUCAACUACUUGUGUAAUUUAAUUUGUGUGAAAUUUUAGUAUGAUCUUUUGUUUAA